AACUCCUCUCUCCCUCAACAAGUUCUUCAUUGUCUCUGUUCGGCUUUGGGCAUGAGAAAGAGGAGAAUGAGUAAAAAUAACUUACUUUCUAUGAUUUUUAUGUGCUUAUAUAUUGCAUCAGACUCUGUUGUUGCUGUUGGAGCAGGUUACGAGGGACCUUCGUAUGAUUAUUCUGCUUAUACAGAGGUUGGUUGAAGAUCAACAGAGGAGCCCAUUCUGCUCUCCUGAAGGCCAAACUGAUCACCGGCGACAAAACCCUAAACUGCGUUGGCUCCUCCUUUGCCAAACACGGCUGCUGGUCUUUUCUCAAGGGAGGCUUCGUCCUCAACACCCCCUCCGAAACUUCACUCAUUUUCUUCCAGAGUGCAGAUGGAAGCGAAGCAAUAGAUAUCGCGGUGGCAAGCGCAGCGCUGCAGCCUUUCUCAGCCGAACAGUGGGAGUUUCAGCAGAAUAGCAGCAUAAGAACAAAAAGAAAGCGUGAGGUAGCAAUCCACGUUUCAGACGCGGAAGGAAAUCGCGUCGCCGGAGCUUCAGUUAUCGUUCAGCAGAUCUCAAGGGAGUUCCCCUUUGGCUCCGCGAUAGCUAAAACCAUACUCGGGAACCCAAAGUAUCAGGACUGGUUUGUGGACCGCUUCAACGCAGCGGUCUUUGAAAACGAGCUGAAAUGGUACACGACGGAGCCGGAGCGCCACCAGCUGAACUACACCCUCGCCGACCAAAUGCUCCGAUUCAUCCACUCCCACCAAAUCAUGGCGCGCGGCCACAACAUCUUCUGGGAAGACCCCCAUUACACCCCCUCCUGGCUCCGCAAUCUCUCCUCCCCUGACCUCCGCUCCGCCGUCUCCUCCCGCAUCCGAAGCCUCCUCUCCAGAUUCAAGGGCGAUUUCGUUCACUGGGAUGUCAGCAACGAGCUGCUUCACUUUGACUUCUACGAGCGCCGGUUGAUGAACCCAAACGCCUCGCUCGACUUCUUUCUGGAGGCUCAGGAGGCCGAUCCGCUGGCCACUCUGUUCAUGAAUGAUUAUAACGUGGUGGAGGGGUGCGAGGAUGAGAAAUCGACGGUGGAUUCGUAUGUGGAGAGGAUGAAGGAGCUUGUUGGGGGAGGGGCGGUGUUGGGAGGGAUUGGAUUGGAGGGGCAUUUCGAUGAGCCGAAUGUUGUUUUGAUGAGAGCUGUGCUUGAUAAGCUGGCGACGUUAGGGCUUCCGAUUUGGCUGACGGAGGUUGAUGUGAGCAGGAGGUUCGGCCAUGAGUUGCAGGCGAAGUAUUUGGAAGAAGUUCUGAGAGAAGGUUUUGCUUAUCCUUGGGUGAAUGGAAUCAUGCUAUGGAGUGCGCUUCAUCCCAAUCAGUCUUGCUAUCAGAUGUGCCUCACGGAUGAGGAGUUCCGGAACCUGCCGGCUGGCGAAGUGGUGGACCGGCUGCUGGAGGAGUGGGAGACGAAGGAGGCGGGAGGAGAAACGGAUGAUCAUGGAAUGUUUAGCUUUGAUGGGUUCUUGGGGGGAUAUGAGGUCGCUGUGAGGUAUGGGAACAGGUCUGUGGAGACGACGAUGUCUUUGAGCAGAGGGGAUGAGACCAGGCAUUUUAACAUACAGUUGCUUCCUUUAUUACAAUCCAGCAAUCAUGAUUCUUUGAAAACCAAUUUGUCAACAUGGAACCUCGCUUCGGUGAUCAUUGACACUACCUUUUUCAAGUGGAUAUCAAUUAUUCAUCCUGUCAUAAUAAAAGGACCUUGAGAAGAUCCGAUGGCUUAAAAUAUGAGUUUGUGGAAGAGAUCUUCUGCAGUGCAUUAGCAGGAUCCACAAAGAACCAACAAAGAUUACGAGAUGACCCAGCCAAUCUACCGAGCCGAGACUCGAGUCGACCCAAAUUAAAGGAUCUCGACACAAGUGUCUUCAGGCGGAAUAUCCCGAGUUAGAGCCAAUCAUUUCAGGAUGCCCUUGGGCCGAGCCAAGCUGACCGAGUUGGGCACAUAUUAAAAAAAAUAGAGAAAAGGUAAUC